AUGCACGAAAUAAUCACUGUCCAGCUUGGACAGCAAAGCAACUACUUAGCCACCCAUUUCUGGAACGCCCAGGAAUCAUACUUCACCUACUCGGGCGAUCAAGAGCCCCUGGUGGAUCAUGACGUUCUCUGGAGGGCUGGCCUUGGAGCCGAUGGUUCCGAGACGUUCAUGCCUCGGACUGUCGUGUAUGACUUGAAGGGCGGGUUUGGCUCCUUGCGGAAGAUCAACGCCCUCUACGAAGUCGAAGACAAGGGGUCGGACCAAGCACUUUGGCACCAACCAGUUGUGGUCCAGAAACAAGAGCCCAUCCCUCAGAGUGCUUACCAACAGAGCCUCGAUGCCGGAUUGGAGCCUCCUGAGCUCACUACUAGUACGGUUAGGUACUGGUCUGACUUUAACCGUGUCUUCUUCCAUCCCCGGUCGAUUAUCCAGCUGAAUGACUACGAGCUGAACUCGAGCCUGGUGCCCUUUGAGAAAUGGGCUACGGGGCAAGAACUCUUCAGCACCUUGGACAAGGAGCACGAUCUUGUCGAUCGAGAUCUACGCCCCUUUAUUGAGGAAGCCGACCAUAUGCAGGGUAUUCAGCUCAUGGCGACCCUCGAUGACGCCUGGGGCGGCUUCGCCUCCGACUACAUCGAGCGCCUGAGGGACGAGUACGGAAAGACUGCCAUCUGGGUCUGGGUCCUUCAGGACUCGUUCCAUGGUAUCCCGAGGGACAAACGCCUCGUUCGACUCGCUAACAAAGCCAAGUCUCUUACGGAACUGUAUAAGAAUGCUUCUAUUAUAGUGCCCAUUACUUUGCCAAGGCUUCUGGGGAGCCAUGUAGCCCUGGAUCCCUCAUCACACUGGCACACGUCAGCCGUCGUUGCAGCUGCUUUAGAAUCCGCGACUCUCCCCUCCCGACUGAAAGAUAGAGAAAACCGUGAUACGCUCGGGGGGAUGGCCGACCUCCUCAACACCAUGGGGAAUCAGAGCAUUGCGAAUCUCCAGAUGAGCAUCGACCCCCAGACUACGCAAGAUUCACCGGAUGUGAGGAUGAGGGAGGCAGUCAGUGGCGAAGAUGCCGAGUCAGAGGGGCUACAUCUGGACCUAGACUUCUCGCCCUCUGACCAGCUAGAAUCCCGCCGGCCGCUGAAUGGAUUCCGAAAGCCACGCAUCUUCAGCCAACUUGUCACAAGGCGCGGCCAAGGGGUCGACGAUGAUGCUAAUGAGGACGAGGCAGCUGAAGAUGAGCGGUUCCGGCGCCGAAACCCCAACAAGCCCACCAAUCGAAGAUACAAGACUUCUCUUCCAUUCCCGCUCAUUAAUAGUUUCCCCAAGAUCUUUAAAGACGAUGAUGGCAACCCACUGAAGGGUGCGGUCGAUGUCACCACGAGCCUCACUACGGACACGGCGGUAUCAGACAGACUAAAGCUGCUUCGAACUACGGUGGCAAGGUCGAUCAGCCUUGAAGAUCGCGAAGCCCUGAGCAACGAUCUUGCGGGGAUGGCAGAGGAAUAUCAUGAGGGUUGGUCCAGUGGGAGUGACGAGGGAGUGGAUGAUUGA